UUCUCCGCCAUUUGAUUCACUUCCACGGGUCUGAGAGUGAAAUAUCCACAUUCAUGGGGCAUUUUAUCCUGUCGGAGCUUCUCCCUGUUACGCUGUAUUCCAUGGUCGAUGGGUAGCCACCUCCUUCUUUGUAUCAUUCGACUUCCUUGCCACCUCCAACAAUGCUCGAAACUCACAUUCUGUCCUACUUUGCUCCUACACAAUCUAACUCAAAGCCACUUUCUUCCUUUCUUGUCACAUUUUCUUCUGCUCCGACACGGCGUCGCUUGAAGACCACCGCCAAUCCGCGUUUAAAGAACCUUAAGUGCUUCACUUCCCGAAUCGUCCAACUCACACGCCGAAGGCAGCUUCAACAGAUAUUCGAAGAGAUUGAAAUUGCCAAGAAACGUUUUGGGAAGCUGAACACCAUUGUCAUGAACGCGGUCGUGGAGGCCUGUGUUCACUGCGGUGAUAUUGAUUCAGCUCUUAGGAUAUUUAAUGAGAUGACAAAACCGGGGAGCUGUGGCGUGGAUACUGUCACGUAUGCCACGCUUUUAAAGGGCUUAGGCGAGAUGCGGAAAGUUGAUGAAGCCUUUCAAUUGCUUGAAUCCGUGGAUAAAGGUACUGCGCCUGGAAAUCCGAAGUUGUCAGCAUCGUUGAUCUUUGGUCUGCUAAAUGCCAUAAUUGAUGCAGGAGAUUUACGUCGUGCAAAUGGCCUCCUCGCUCGUUAUGGUUAUCUACUUCGUGAAGGUGGCAAUUUCUCAGUCUCAGUAUACAACUUACUCAUAAAGGGGUAUAUCACCGCAGGUUUUCCUCAAGAUGCUGUAAACUUGCACAAUGAAAUAUUACGUCAUGGAAUGAAGCCUGACAGGCUCACCUACAACACUCUCAUAUUAGCAUGCGUCAAGAGUCAAAACAUGGAUACUGCAAUGCAAUUUUUUGAAAACAUGAAGGGUGAAGCACAGAGAUCUACCCAAAAUGAUGUUUUGCCAGAUAUCGUGACAUACACAACACUGCUCAAGGGUUUUGGGCAGGCCAAAGAUCUCUCGUCAGUCCUGAAAGCAGUGCUGGAAAUGAAAUCAUGUCAGGAAUUGUAUAUUGAUCGAACAGCUUACACUGCAAUAAUUGAUGCUUUAUUAAACUGUGGCUCAAUUAGGGGUGCUCAAUGCAUCUUUGGAGAAAUACUGAAGCUUGCUGGUUGGAAUCCAGAGUUGAGGCCCAAGCCUCACCUUUAUCUUUCCAUGAUGCGUGCUUUUGCUACUAGAGGAGAUUACAGUGUUGUCAGAAACUUGCAUAGGCGGCUUUUGCCAGAUUCUGCGGGAACCAUCUUGCCAGUUGCCCAAGAAGAAGCUGAUCAUCUUCUCAUGGAAGCGGCACUGAAUAGUGGUCAGGUUGAUGUUGCCCUUGAAACUCUUAUUAAUAUUGCUUCAAAGUGGAGGGGUAUAUCAUGGACAAGUCGUGGAGGCCUGGUGACUUUGCGCAUUGAGGCCACAUUGGGAUUCUCAAAAUCCAUAUUCAGUCCUUACCUACUUCCUAAGGUUUCACCUGCUGAACCAGUUGAGAGAUUCAUGUUGCCAUUUGAAGCAACUGGACCACUACAAGGCACCGUACAAUUGAAGGAAGUGGUUAUGCGUUUCUUUACCGACACAGUUAUUCCAAUAGUAGAUGAUUGGGGCAGCUGUAUUGGGUUGGUGCACCAUGAAGACUGCACUCAGGAUGGCAAUUUCUGCACCAGACCUUUAUUUAUUUGGUUAUUCAAUGAAUUCAUCGUGCAGUUGGACUCGAAUGCUCCACUUUCAACAAUGAUGAGAAGCCCGCCUCCCACUGUUACAACUACGACGUCAGUUGGUCAUGUUGUUGAUAUGAUUUUGGACAAGGGCUACCCAAUGGUUGUCAUUGUAAAGUACACCAGUUCAUAUGGCACUGCAUACAGCUCAAGGGCAGUUGGAGUUUUUACAUCAGAACAAUUGUAUAGGCUUAUCACACCUGCAUUUGAGUCACUAGGGCCAAAACUUUCAAUCUUUAGAAGAUAAUAGUGCUAUACCAUGCUUAGGUGUUUCAGGAUGUUAUGCACAGUUUUGCCCAUCGGAACUAAAUUGAGUGGCCACUAUAAAAGUUUUCUUUUUAGAGAGUUGAAAGGGAAGGAGAAAGAAGGGUGGGGGGAGGAAGGGAUAGAAAGUAGGCUUGCAAAAGCCAUCAAAGUUGGAUAAUGUGAUAAAAUGGACUCUAGUGGAUAUUUGGGGUUUUGCCCUCCGAUUCUGCUUCUGAAGCUCCCAAAUAUGAAAGCUACCUCUGCCUCCCUUUACUUUUUUUCUCUUCUUCCUGUUACCUAGUCUAUCGUCCCUCUGCCAAAGCAUGCUGUUGAGAAUGAAAAUUAAUAUACUGUUGAUAAGCCACUUUUAACGUGACUCUCCUUUAAAGUUUUCUGCUUCAUAUGCUUACAAGAAAUGCUUAAACUGAUUAUGGAGGAUACUGGAGGGCGUGCUGCAUUCUCGAUACAGCAUGGUGAAAAAGUAUUGCUGCCCUCAAGGUGCCUAGGUCCAGAGAUAUAUCCUUCUGUUUUUGCAGUUCAAAAUUAACUAGAUGCCUUGCAAACUCCCAUGACACGAGUUUACCAAUUUUUGGCAGAUUUAGUGAUGCCCUGUCGCAUCAUUUAGAAAGUUGUAUAUACUUUAACUUGUUAAGUGCUCUUGUCUUCUCCCUUUUGGUUUCAA